CAUGGCAGCCACCAACUUUGUGCAGGAGAUGAGCCUAGUGGGUGACAGGCUGCUGCUCAAGCUGCAGAGGCUGCCCCAGGCCGAGCCCGUGGAGAUCGUGGCCUUCUCGGUCAUCCUCCUUUUCACAGGUUCACAUGGACACACUGAUAACAAAACCGUGGCGCAUCUGGAAUGAUGAGUUCUGGCAGAGGCCCUGGGACCUUGGGGGCCUGGCAGUGAUCAGCUUAUUCGUCAUCGUGGUCCUGUUUCUCACCUUGUUUGCUACUAUAUUUGGUAUACUCUCUCCACCUGAGGUGACUCACAAGUAUGAAGAGUCAUGACCUGACUCUCAGGGGGCCAAGAAAGGAGCCCCCUGUGACACACUCUCAAAACACCACGUGCCUUUCCUUUUAACAGUUUGGAAUUAAAAUUUUUUUUUAUGAUUUUACGAUGUGUUUGUCUUCCCCACUGGACCAAGUACCAUAAAAGCAGGGGAUGGGUCCUUUCGUGUUCGCCCCUGUAUCCACCACGACCACUGUACCUAGCACAGAGUCAGUAUCAACCAAUAUUUGCUGGUUGAAAAAAAUGAAUGAAUGAACAAAUGAGCAAGCGAAUGGAUAAACAGAAAGAUGCAGGGCCACUGGCUCCCUCACCAGUGAGCCCAAGAGAUGACAGAGCCCAGUUCAAUCUAGACCAAAACGUGGAGCUGUUCUUCCAUCUCAAACUAGGUGCUGAGGCCUCCAGGCCAGAGGCUGCUUGAAACCUAAUUACUAUUCCUUUUGACACUAAAGGAUAAAGAGCCCUGUCAUGAAUAAUCAAGUGCUCUUUGUGACCAUCACUCAGAGGAAGUAGCUGUAUGCAGAGAAGAGAGGAAACUCGCUGGCGCCCCACCCUGGCCUCAUGCAUCUGACACAAGUAUCUUUUCCGUUGGUCCCAGAGAUGCCCAGGUAGCCCUCACAGGAUCCCACAGCCCCCAUGCACCCCAGCUCCUACAAUGCUGUCUUUGUAGAAAUGUAUCCGCCUCUGCCAAAGUCACCACACUGGCCUGGCCCUCGCUGCCAGGUCCCCUCCCUUAGCAAACAGCUGCUUCAACUUCAACCUCAAACCAGGACUAUUCUUUGAAAAGGGGCAAGUAUCUGGAGGGGAAGUGGCCUUUUCCUCACACUGUACACCAUUUAUACAACAAAGGAAUGUCCAAAGAGCAAUUUCAAAUCCAGUCACAUCAGCAGCGUUUAUUUCAUUCCAGGGCCUGGAAGUCCUAGACACUGGGACCCUCAAAAGUAGCAAAUGAGAUAGAAGAGAUGAGGCUGCACAAAGGGCGGCAGAAAGUCUGAUGCCUGGAGCCCCCAACACUAAGUUCCAGCUCCCUGGCAUGAGACAGGAGCAAAACAGGCAGAGGCCCCUGGGAAGGCCUAGCCUCUUGGGAUAUGGCAGGGCUAAAUCUCCGGACAGCCCUACAGAGCCUCAGACUCAUCCGGGACAAGAACCCGGCCAAGGUUAUUUCCAGCAGAGGGGACUAUUACAAUUAGCAAGGACACUUGGCCCUUUCAUUAUGAGUGCUUUGCUCAAGGAGCCUAAGAAGACCUAAUUGAGCACCUCCCUGUACCAGUGCCUGAAAAAGGCUCUGUUCGAAACGGCUGAGUGGUGUCGGGGAGAGGACGGUCCAGGCCCUGCAGCCAACCGCCUCUGCUCGGCAUGGCCAAAUGAGAGAUGGCUGCCUGGAGAAGGAAAGGGCUUCAGUCUGGGUGCCACCCGGGGGUGGGAAUCAAAACACAGGGCCCAAAUAAGCUCCUCCCUGAUUUGCAGAAAAGAGCCCCGACGUCUGCCAGACACCAGUACCUCAUGUGUAAUGAGCUUCACGCUUCAAGAACCUGGUUGUGCAAAAACCAAGAUGGCACAUACAUAUGAAAAUGUGCAUGUCACUGAAUAAUGGGAGAUCUGGGCUUAGCGGGUUCUGUCUACUAUGAGCUUUGUGACCAUGACCUCUCUGGACCUCGGUCUGUUCAUCUCUAAGUCUAAAGCAAUCAAUUCUGCCUCAUCUAUCCGACAGGGCUGUCCAACGAGAUCUGACCAAUGAGAGCAGAAGAUUCAAAGAGCUUUGCAGAUCAAAAGGCUACACAAGUACAAAGUGCUCCCAGCUUGCCCAGAGGCUUCCUGGAUGUCUCUCACACGGUGUACUCACAGCUGCUCAUGCCCAGACCCCACCCUGCCACAGCCUGCUUGUCACUGCAGCUAUCAGGCUUUUUCAGGGCACCGACUAUAUCAGCAGAUGCAGAUAAAAUAGAUAAGUGGGUUCCAAGUGGGCAGGCUGGUGUUAUGUUAGAAAAGCUGACUUCCCUCCAAGCAUAUUUCCCAACCCCGCCAAGAGAUAAGCUGGGUCGCACGCCUCUGUUUGGCUUCAGGAUAAGUCACUAUUACUCAAGUGAAGCCAGUGGUCCAGCUCAGUGGCAUGCGAUGACCACAAUGCCAAUGGCUCAGAACUGGUCAUAUGACUCAGGCCUGAGUCACUUAUGGGGCCAGCCAUUCCAGAAGGCGGUGAAGUAGAGUGGAUGGACGACCACCCAAAAUAUUCAAUGAGUCCUCGUACCACCAGAGUUGCUGGGGGCCUUCCACAGAAGAGGCUGCCUGACAGGAAAUGCCCCAAGCAAUGGCUUUCGGCAUGAAAGCCAUGGGCCCAAGGGUUGCCCCCACAUUAGCUGGUUAACUAGUGGAUGCUGCAGGAAGAAAAGAUUUCACUAACACUUUGUUCCGGAAAC